AUGUCCUUCACCUCAAACCCUCACCGGCGCCCCCUUGCCGCAACCGCAGCUGUAGACUGCAAUAAACAAGUCCGUUCAUGGAGGCUCCUUCGUACCAUCGUCCAACUUCUCCUCCCUUCUUGUUACUGCACACUCGUAGAUCCAAAUGAUGAUCAAGAAGACAAAUCUCGCCGCGAAAUCAAACCAAGAACAUCCUCCGCCACCACAAACUCCUCCACUUUCACCGGAACUAUCUUUGGUUUCCGCCGUGGCAAAGUAAACUUCUGUAUCCAAGCGACAAACUCCAAAACCCUAAAUCCAAUCAUUGUCCUCUUAGAGCUCACCGUCCCAACCGAUGUAUUGGCCCGUGAAAUGCAAGGAGGCGUAUUAAGAAUCGCUCUCGAAUCAAACAAUAACAACGAGUAUGAUUUUCAUCAAGAUUCUUCUUCUCUUCUUACAACACCUUUAUGGAACAUGUAUUGCAACGGUCGGAAUGUCGGUUUCGCCAUCAAACGAGAGCCUUCUAAAGCCGAGCUAGCUGCGUUGAAGGUGCUUACUCCGGUGGCUGAAGGAGCCGGAGUUGUAAAUGGAGAAGAAAUUAACCGAGAGAAGAGCGAUCAUAUGAUGUACUUAAGAGCUAGUUUCAAACGAGUUUUUGGAUCGUUUGACUCGGAAUCUUUUCAUCUCAUCGACCCACGUGGGAUUAUCGGACAAGAACUAAGUAUCUUUUUUGUUAGAUCAUCACGAAAAUGA